GUUAAAUUAGGUUAAAAAUUUGUAAGCGGGACCUAAUAAUUAAGCAAAAUGGAUCCAGCGCUGCUUCGCGAACGCGAGGCCUUCAAAAAACGGGCAAUGGCCACGCCCACCGUUGAGAAGAAAGCAAAGCCGGACCGACCUCAGCCACCGCCGAUAAGCGAUGACGCCAAGAGGAAAAUGCGUCCGCCAACGGCUCCAAAGCUGGAUGCAUCUUCGUACAAAACCAUGUCUGGCAGCUCGCAGUACCGCUUUGGAGUGUUGGCCAAGAUAGUGAAGUUUAUGCGUACCCGCCACCAGGACGGUGAUGAUCAUCCACUGCAGAUUGAGGAAAUUCUAGACGAGACCAACCAACUGGACAUUGGCCAGUCUGUUAAGAAUUGGCUAUCUGGAGAGGCGCUAAACAACAACCCAAAGAUAGAAGUCAGCCCGUGUGGCACGAAGUUUAGCUUCAAGCCCGUGUACAAAAUCAAAGAUGGCAAAACUCUAAUGCGACUGCUGAAGCAGCAUGAUCUGAAAGGCCUGGGUGGCAUACUGAUGGAGGAUGUGCAGGAGUCCCUGCCCCAUUGCGAGAAGGUCUUGAAAAAUCGUGCAGCAGAAAUACUCUUUAUUAUCAGGCCCAUUGACAAGAAGAAAAUUUUAUUUUACAACGACCGAACGGCCAAUUUUUCGGUUGACGAUGAAUUCCAAAAACUCUGGCGUUCGGCCACUGUUGAUGCCAUGGACGACGCCAAAAUCGACGAAUAUCUCGAGAAACAAGGUAUACGGUCAAUGCAAGAUCAUGGCCUCAAGAAACCUGUUCCAAAACGCAAAAAGGCUGCCAACAAGAAGCGACAAUUCAAGAAGCCCAGAGAUAACGAGCAUUUGGCUGAUGUUCUGGAAAUCUAUGAGGAUAAUACCUUAACGCUAAAGGGCGUGAAUCCUACGUAGAAAUUAUGUUAUAGACUAGAAAAUAAGGAACCCAUUAAAAGAAGGUCUUUAUCUUACUAAUACCGAAUCUUACUAUGGCAGAGAUAUGAUAUAGUAAUAAGAUACUUAUUGAAAAUGAUGGAUAAAUAUGUCCUGGCAAGUGCGCAGGUACUCUCAAGCUGUUUUAAUAGGUGUUAAAUAUGUUAAAUAAAGGAUUCGAGCAUUUUCAAUUUA